UCUUCUGUGACUGUAGAACUGUUUGAGUUAGAGAGGGAACACAGAGAGAGACAGAGUGUUUGGCACCUUCUUGACUCAGCCCUGCCGGCAAAGCCGUCUGUCUAUAUAUAUAUAUAUAUAUAUAUAUAUAUAAAUUGUAUGUCGAUAUGUAUAUCCUUUUAUAAACGCGUUGAAUGGUCAAAACGCAAAAGCAACAAAGCAGUUCGUUCUCUUCAAACUCAAGUUUUUCAAUUCUCUGGUUUUUCCAAGAAACUCCAACAAUCAGCGGUGAAGACAAAAUCCCUAAAUUAUUGAUUGGGGUUUUUGAUUCAGUCAAUAUCAAUUUGAAUCAAUUUCAAGGUAUUUGUUAUUGACUCCUCUCAAUUAUCUUAAAAGUUGGAGUGUAUUUUGGUUAUACAUACAGUAUGUGUAUAUAACAUUGAAGAUAGAAUGAGUUUCUGGAUUUUAAGUUAUUCUUUUCAAAAUUGAGUUUGAAGGUCCUUGGUGAGAGUAUGAUAUUGGUUAGCUGAUGAAUCAGGGAAAGAGUGAGUUUCAAUUGUUCCCUUGGAUUAAGUUUAGAUGAUUCUCUUCUUCAGUGGGAUUUGAAAAAUAGGGUCUUUUGUUUGUUGGUAAAGUUAGUUAUUGGUGGUGAAUAAUAUUUGCAAAGGAGGGUUUGUUUGCUUUUUUAUUGGUAAUUCAUGGGUUGCCUUUGUGGUAAGGCUUCCGCUGUCAAAGACAGCCGGGAAAGCCCAAUUGAGAUACAGCAGAAUAAAGUGUCAUCGGAGUUGCACGUGCCUCGUGUGGCUUCUUCUCGGAGACGAGAGAGUUUUCGGGUGAAAGGGAGGUCAGACAGUGGUGAUGUAAGAUUAGGAUUAAUUAAGAGAGCAAAUGGCUCAAGAAGGGUGCAGGAUGACCGUUUUGAGAAGAAGAGAGAUAAUUAUGAGGUUCUUGUUGCUGAAUACCCCGGUAUGGGAAGCCUUCCCAGAGCUACGGAAGGAGAACAGGUUGCGGCAGGUUGGCCUUCUUGGCUCGCAGCAGCAGCUGGUGAAGCUAUCAAGGGAUGGUUACCACGUCGUGCUGAUACUUUUGAGAAAUUAGAUAAAAUUGGCCAAGGAACUUAUAGUAGUGUUUACAAAGCUCGCGAUCUCACUCAAAAGAAAGUUGUUGCUUUGAAAAGAGUGCGAUUUGAUAAUUUGGAUCCUGAGAGCGUCAAGUUCAUGGCAAGAGAAAUCCUUCUUUUACGUAGGCUUGAUCAUCCAAAUAUAAUCAAACUGGAAGGUUUGGUCACAUCACGGACAUCUUGCAGCCUGUACCUUGUUUUUGAGUAUAUGGAACAUGAUCUUACAGGCCUUACAUCACUUCCUGGCAUCAAGUUUACAGAACCACAGAUUAAAUGUUACAUGCAGCAGUUGCUUAGUGGACUUGAUUAUUGUCAUAGUCAUGGUAUUCUGCAUCGUGACAUAAAGGGUUCAAAUCUUCUAAUUGACAAUCAUGGCAUCUUGAAGAUUGCGGAUUUUGGCUUAGCGAGUUUCUUUGACCACCGUCAAGGUCUGCCAUUGACAAGCCGUGUUGUGACUCUUUGGUAUCGACCACCGGAACUUUUACUUGGGGCCACUUACUAUGGAGUUUCAGUGGAUUUGUGGAGUACUGGUUGCAUACUUGGAGAACUAUAUGCUGGCAAGCCCAUCAUGCCUGGAAGAACAGAGGUUGAGCAAUUGCAUAAAAUUUUCAAGCUUUGUGGUUCACCAUCUGACGACUAUUGGAGAAAAUCAAAAUUACCGCAUUCAACGGUGUUUAAACCUGUACAGCCUUACAAAAGACGUCUUGCAGAAACAUUUAAAGAUUUCCCCCCCACUGCUAUAGGGCUCAUGGAGAAAUUACUUUCCAUAGAUCCUGCACAUCGAGGGACUGCAGCUUCUGCUCUCAAGAAUGAGCAGUUCUUUACAACAAAACCUUUUGCUUGUGAUCCUUCAAGUCUGCCAAAAUAUCCUCCCAGCAAAGAGAUUGAUGCAAAAUUGCGUGAUGAAGAAGCUAGAAGGCGAGGGACAGUGGGAGGCAGGGAACAGAAGGUUGACAAGGAAAGAGGAUUAAAAGGACCUCGGGCAAUUUCAGUGGCUGAUGCUAAUGCUGAGUUAGCGACGUCAAUGCAGAGAAGGCAAGGCCAGCCCAAUACGAAGAGCCGAAGUGAGGUAUUCAACCCACAUCAGGAAGAAGCUGCUUCUGGUUUUCCUCUCGAUCCACCUAGACACACACAAGAUGUGAGAGAAGUGGGCAAAGAUCUCUUGGAUCAUAUUCCUAAGAGAGCUAUGCAUUCUGGGCCACUGGUUCCAGGGUUUGGAUGGCCAAAGGCUGGGAAGAAAUAUGAUGAUAUUUCUAUUGUUUCAACGAGAGCCGACUUGUCGACAUUGUCUGAUUUGGUAUCAUCCAGGACUUCGUUAUCUGAAGAGAGCCAUGAUAAACUUGGUCCUUCACAACCAGAAGCAACAAAUCAAGUGGGUAUGCUUUCAGAAUCAUAUAGAGAAUCAGGGCCCACAAGAAAGCAGGACAGGAAGCAUCACACACAGAGUAUUGCUGGUUCUCGUCAGAUGGAAUAUGGAAGAACAUCUAUGAAAGAACCAGUUCCGCAUGGUCAUGGGAAGGCAAACAAUAUUCACUUCUCUGGUCCAUUACUUGUCCCAUCAAACAAUGUGGAUCAGAUGCUUAAAGAGCAUGAUCGCCGCAUCCAAGAAGCUGCUCGACGAGCACGACUCGAGAAGACAAAACCUGGUAAAUUUCAACCUCAAGGGAUGCAAAUAGCCAAUCAAAUGUAUAUCUCUAGUCGUGGAGCUGGGUAAAUUAGGUAUGACCUGGAAAGAUACUCGUCUGUGUGUGUAAAAUUAUACUAGUUCCUGUAUAGUAGUAGUUUGAAAGAGAGCAAUUCUCUUCAAAGCUAGUACUAGUCCAGUUUUACACUUGAAAUCUUAGAAUAAAUAUAUUUCCGAAAAAAAAUCUUAGAAUAAUAUAUGGCCAAAUUCUGUAAUAGUUUAUUGUUAUAGUAACUUCAGGAAUUUUUUUGGACUCAGCCACAUAAUCCGAGUGGAGUUGAUUUUUGAAGUCCUAUUUGGCUGGCUGAGAUAUAUUAAUGGCAAGAGAUCACAUAUAAAUUUAUUA